AAACAAACGUCCAAGUGAUAUAGACGCCGGCAAAAUGGAGGACAAAAUGGCCAUGCAGAUGCUAACUGAUCAGAAAUUGAAGGAAAUGGAAGCGGAAAUGAACCGCUUUGAGCAGGAGAUUUUCACACCUGAUGGGAAAGGUGUAAUUGCUGCUAAUCGAAUGAUCAUUGGCUCUAACACUUAUAACAAGGUCAAAGCUCGCAUCAUCCGUCAUGGAGACUCGGAUGAGUAUGAGCCUCAAGCUGCUGCAACUAGUCAGGAGGCAAAUAUCCCUGCUUCAGUAUUAUCAGCACCACCACCUCCCCCUCCAUCUUUAUUGACAAAAAAUAAGCCAUCAGGAGAGGCCCCCCCUAUAGCUCCUCCCCCGCCCCCACCAACAUUGUCCUUCGUCCCUCCUCAGAUUCGUAACUGGACACCUCCACCUCCACCACCAAGACCGCCAAUGCACGGUAUGAAUAGACCUUUUAUGGGACCACAUGGUGGACCAAGAAACUUUGGUCCUGGUCCAGGUCCAUAUCAUCCUGUCUCAGGCCACAAUGGCCCCUAUAAUGGCCCCUAUAAUGGCCCGCCUCACCCACCUAUGGGAAUGAACCCUCACAUGAUGCCACCUGGUGGCCCUAUGGGACCGAUGGGCCCCAUGGUGCCAGCAUCGUCGCAACAGGAAACAGUCAUUGAGAAACCAAAGGUUGUGUAUUCCGCAGCACCAGUAAGGCUACACCCCAAAACUGGAAAAAUUAAAAAGCCCAAAAUGACUACACCAGCAACAACCACUGUUAUAGAAUCUGCCACAGAGACACAUGGUAAAGAUACAGCAGACAGGGGUGGGGCGAUUACAACAGGGAUGAUUCCAACAGAUAUCGGAAUGGCGGCUUCCUCAUUCACCACUGAGGAGGAAUGUGAUAUGAUGGAGGCGGAUAUUGAUGACUCGGGAGUUGGUGGGAAAAAAUCAAAAAAAGAUAAAAAGAAAAAGUUUAUUCGAACAGCGGCUGGUGAUACAUGGGAGGACCCGUCACUUGACGACUGGGAAUCAGAUGACUUCAGAAUAUUCUGUGGUGACCUUGGGAAUGAGGUAACAGAUGAAUGUCUAGCUCGUGCCUUCAGUAAAUAUCCAACGUUUCUGAAGGCCAAAGUUGUCCGAGACAAACGCUCCAAUAAGACAAAGGGCUACGGUUUUGUUAGCUUCACCGAUCCAACAGACUUCGUUAGGGCGAUGCGAGAGAUGAACGGUAAAUAUGUUGGUAACCGGCCGAUUAAGCUCAGGAAAAGUGUGUGGAAGGAGAGAAACAUCGACGUCGUGCGACGAAAGGACAGGGAGAAGAAACGUCUUGGACUGAGAUGAAAAUGCAGAGGGGAUGAUCGAAUUAUAUCAGUGAUAUCCGUGUACCUUUUGACAAUGCACAAAUGACCAUGGAGAUUCAGGACUUUUAGAACGUUGUCAUUUUCUUUGAAGGAGUUAUCUAUGGAUUUACUUUCGAAAUCAUGAUUGCUUGUGAAAAUUAAAAAAAACUAACGGGCUGAUGUCUGUACUGAAAUGUUUGGUCGGACGCAGAUAUAAUUGAAGUAAACAUAAACAAAUAAGAUGCUGGUCUGCAUAAUUGAACGGUGUUAUCAUGCAAAAUCGUAUAAAGUAGACACCAGUGUAUGCUGAAAACAGCAAUCCACGUGUCUGAUCUAAUGAAUACCGCGAUUGCAUUGUCAGUAUUUUUUAAUGUUGUUAAUUUCAGGAGGACUAUGUCGUUAUUUUUUGUGGUGACAUUGUAAACGGGAUCAAAUAAUAAAACAUAUGUAUUGCCGUAGGUCUUUACAUAAAUAGAUAAUGCGCUAUACUAUUCUGGGAUUGUGCAUUGUUAUACGGUCAUACAUUCUAGUAUAUAUAUAUAUAUAUCAAGAAGUAGCACACAGCCAGGAGUAAACUGGUACGUAACAACAAUAUCCCUUAAUAAAGCACAACUUCUUGUCGAAUUAUUUGUGAUGUUUAAACAAACAGUAUUCCUCGGGAUGAAAAAUAAUAAAAAAAGAUAUAUUACUGGCGAUUGUAGAAUCUGCAUCUAUGUCGUUGUCGGUUUCGUAUUGUAAACAAAAAUGAAGUAAAUACUUAAGAUGAAGGCUUGAGCAUUUCAGUCGAAGCCAAAAUGUUUAUUUGUUAUGAGCAAAGUUAAACUUGUAGUAAAUCUGUCAGGACAGAGAUAAGAUAUGAAAAUAGCUGUUGGAUGCUUUAAAAAAAGAAUCUGCCGCAAAUACAACCACUUACAAAUGACAAGUAAUAAUAGCAAAGAAAGUUUAAAGUAGGUAUAUGAAAAUAACUUAUAUAUUGUAAUGUUCUGUUGAUAUUUUUUGGCUCAAAAUAGUCUUUCUGGUAAAUAUCAGUAAUAGUAAAACUUCCUGCAAUAAUAAUAAAAACAGCCUUUUCACUACAUUGAGUGGGAUCCAUACCAAACACUAUUAAGUGGUAUGUAUGUCCAUAGUAAAAGGGUAGGAGACCAAAAUGCCAGUCUUAACAAACGUAUUGUGUGUAAUAACACAGCAUAAGCAAGUUUGAUAUCAUAAAAAAUAAAAAUAAUUGAUGUACC